AUACAGCUGAUUUCCUCGGGUUGAGCGAGUGUACUGUAUGUGUGUAUUUUGUGUUCUGUGUGGGAUAAUGACCCACUGAUCCUCAAACUGAACAUUUUGGUAAGCUAUGGCUCAGGCAUCUCAGAUCAGCGCCCUGGAGCUCAACUGUCCCAUCAAGGUGGAACACGACAGGAAACGGCGGCAGUUUACCGUAAGAUUAAACGGCUCCCAUGAUCGUGCUGUGUUGCUGUACGAAUACAUCGGGAAGAAGACCGUGGAUCUCCAGCACACCGAGGUCCCUGAUGCCUAUAGAGGUCGAGGGAUCGCAAAACAUCUGGCAAAGGCAGCCAUGGAUUUUGUAGUUGAAGAAGACCUGAAGGCUCACCUAACCUGCUGGUAUAUUCAGAAGUUUGUGAAGGAGAACCCACAGCCUCAAUACCUGGAGCGUGUUUUCCAUUGAUACAGGGGUAGGGGGUUGGGGGGGGGGGGGGGGGGGUGUUAUAUUGUAUUCAUGGAGCAUGGGAAACCCACACCCUAUUUAUUUUUUAGUUCCUUUGAACUAUGCUUGCAUGACUUGGUUCAGAACCCAACGCUGAUCCACGAUUGAGCUUUGCGGAAGUCAUUCGAGGAAUACAUGCAGACAAGUUUAACUUGGAAAUAAAGAAAUCCGAAGAGCCAGUUCCUUUAAAGGUCUAUAGCUGUAAGAACCCACUGCAGGGCUUGUAGAUACAAGUUCCUCUAUCACCAGUCAUCUAACAGUCUCAAUUCAAUAUUUAAUAGAGUUUACAAUAAAGAACUAAAUGGUAUCCAUCUGUCCUUUGCAGCGCUUUGAAAGGCCAUAUAACUUAACCCUAGGCCUUUUUAUCAGUGCAAAGGAAAGGUUCUCCAGUCAAUCAGAUGUCUGUUCCUGAAGAGGAACGGAUUUAUCCCUCUUUAUUGAGAUCAGUUUGCCUUAAGAAAUUGCAAAAAAAAAACACACACACCAAGGCAUUGGACUAGAAUGCAAUUGGGGUGCAUGCGGAAUGGGUGUACUGGGAUCUUCUCAAGAGCAGCAUGUGUCUGUUCUGGAAACUUGUGGAAUUAAACACGAAGAAGCAGACCUGGAGCAUCCAUCAGCCCACAGAUUCAGGGUUUUUCUAUUGUUUAAUGUAAUAAGGGUAUAAGGCUUGUUGUUCAAUGCAGUGGAGUAAGUAUAGUGUGGCAGAGCCACGAUAUCUGCUAAGGGUAGACCCUCUGAUUCCAGGAGAACUCAAGCCCAGACUUCAGUGAAACUGCUGGUGAUUUUCAAGCUUUGAAACUUUUUGACAAUAUACUACUUUUUAUAUACAACUGAUAUUCUGUGUGUACAUGCAAAUAUUUAUGUUGGUGUAUCUUAUUUUAGCCCGGUUGAUUUGGUCAGCUAUGCAUAGCCAAGCAAUUUUCUUGAAGACAGCAUUUGUAUUUGUUUUUUAAAGCAAUGAAACAGUAAAAUCACACCAAUAGCUGAAUAAUUGAAGUUGCUGAUAAAAUGAAAAAAGAGAAAUCAGUUGCAUGCAAAUAAAGGGUUUACUAGCGGAGUUCAGAAUCAUUCUCAAGCUCACAGGACUUGAGCCAGACAAGACAGUGCAGCCAGACCAGAUGUGAAACAGGAAACACAUUUGUGUUUGUUUGCUCAAUCCUGGUUUCAUUUACAUUUGCAGGUAAUGCUCAUAUACACGUUGUCAUUGUUAAACCUGUAGAACAUGCAACCAGUCUUUGUUCUACCAUAAGUGACAAUGAAACAUGGUUAACAUGGUCCUUUUCCUACCGAUAGCACAAUUAAACUGUGAAGACCUUGUUGCUGAGGGUUCAGAUCUCCAUAGUUGGAAGUUAUGCAUUUUUGUAAAUUUGGAUAAUUCCCACUUUUCCAAGAGCAAGUCCAAACCAACACCACUCUGUUCUCUGGGAACAUUGUUAAAAGGAAAUGGACAGAAUUGCCGUCAGUUAUGAUAAAUAUAAAUAUAAAUGGUAAACCAAAUAUUUUUCUUCUUUUUUACCAAAUAUUUAACUGAAUAUUUAUUGUAUCAUGAAUUUCACAAGUUCUUCUUCAGUAAGUGUCAUUUACUGUAUCUUCAUAUAUUGCAUACCACUGUACUUACUGUUUGUGAAAAUGAAUGUACAAUUUUAAAUAAAUACAAAAGUAAAAUAG